UUAAAGUUUCUUUCCCCACGUAGAAAUUUAAGAUAAAUUGGCAAAACUGAAUGUUAAUCAGUGAAGUUUCUUUCCCAUAUGAAGUUUCUUUUUCAAUAGCUGUUGACUUUUGUAACUGUUGAGAAAAAUUUGAGAUCAGAUCUAAUAAUCUACUGCCUAGAGCUGGAAGAAUGGGAAGUGAUUGAUUAAUGGGCAUAGGAUUUCCUUUUGAAUUGAUGAAAUUUUAUAGAACUAGAUAGUGUUAACAGUUGUACAAUGUUGUGAAUGUACUAAGUGCCACUGAAUUGUAAAGUUUAAAAUGGUUAAAAUGGCACUUUCAUGUAUAUUUUAUAAUUAAAAAAAAUUGCUGGUAAUAUAGAUACCCCAAAAAGCCCAAAGACUUAGUCCAAGCAUUUCAAAGACUGGAAACAGAGAAUAAGGAAAAAGGAAGGAGAAAAAUAAAGUAAAAUACUACCUGUUGUAUAUUUUAUGUGAAAUAACAAGAACUGACAAUCGACCAAAUAGCAGACAGCAAGGUUCAUGGGGAUUUCCCUAGAGCUUCUCUUCAGCAAGUUUAAUGACAAAAGGGAAUUCAUAUUCAUUUUAAUUCCAAUGUCUGAGACUCUCUGGCACCUGGAGACUUCAUUAUAAAUCCCCUCAACACACACACACAAGGACAAUUUAUAAACAUCUCUUAGGGCAUAUUGAGGGUGUAUAAGUACAUAAUUUCAGUAAUUAAAUUCACAGUUGCCAAAUGACUUCCUAAGAUGGAACAUAGGGAACGUGGUGUUUGUGAUCAAUGCAUCUGCAAUGUGUGCUUACGAUUGGAAUUUGGCUUCACAGAAAUUGAGUUAAGACCUAGAGUAUUGGGACUGGGAAUGGUACAGAUCACUGGUCUGGGGAAAGGUAGGAGGAAGACUAAGAUUGGAGAGGAAAUAUCUACACCUGUAAUAUUUCAGGCAUAUAUAACCUCAUCUACUCAACCCAAUAAUAAUCUGAGAUAGAUAGUACUAUGUUUAUUUCUGGAUGAAACUGAAAUACAGAAUAUGUGUGACUUACAUAAGGUCAGAAGGCCAGCAAGAAUAGAAUCAGGACUCUAUCCCAUGCCACAGUGAAGUGAUAUUACAGGGUGUCUACUUCUGCUUCUUUUCCCAUACUGCUUUGAUAGUGAGUGAGACACAAAGUUUAAAAAAAAAAAGCCAUAGUAGGCAAAAAAGGAGAGAGUAGUGAGUUUGAACUCCUUUAUAAUUGAACUGAUUCUACACAUUCAAUACCUUUGAUAUAAAAAAGGACACAAUAUGGUAAUCAGUUGUUGGUCUCUCUCCAUGCUUUAUAUUUUGAAAGGAUUAAACUGAAUUCAAACUUGAUUAUUGGGAGACCCAAAUUCAUGAUUGAUGCCAUGAGCCAAGAUAAGCCAAGAGGUGAAAAGCAUAGCUUGUUACAAUAACAAAAAAUGUCUUUGGAACUAAAUGAAUAGAUGUAUAGUGAGGAAUUUUGCCUUACCCAAAAAGAGGUCUGGCCUUUGUUUUUGGCUUCUAGGAAGUUAUCUGUCAUAUCUGAUAGGAGUUUAGGAUGAGGGGUGGUCAAACUCUAUCUCAGUGUAAGGGCUGACCACACUAUAAAUACCAACAAUAUAACUUAGGGUGAGAACUUUGGGUCAUGUGGCACCAACCAAUCUGGAGAUUGAGUUCAACCAUGUGUGCAAUCAAUCAAUCAUAUAUACAUAAAUUUGGACACCAAAGCUCAGGUGAGCCUCCGUGGUUGGCAAUAUAACUAUGCAUAUUGUCACACAUUAAUUCCAGGAGGGUAACUCAUUCUGACUCCAUGAGGGAGGACAAUGGAUGCUUCACAUUUACAAACCUCACAUUCUACCAUCAGCAUCUCUUCCUUUGUCUGAUUUAUGAUUUUAAUCUUUCCCUAUAGUAAACUGUAACCAUGAGUAUAAUAGCUUUCAGUGAGUUCUGAGUCGUUCUAGUAGAUUAGUGAACCUGGAGGUAGUAUGGGAAACUUCCUGAACUUGCAGUUGAUGUCAGAUGUGAGAACAGUAUCAAGAACUGUGCCCUCAAAUUUGUGGUUUGGUCAGCUCCAGGAAGCAAAUCAGAUCUGAUGUCACAUUUCCCUCUCACCAGUUACAGAAGUCAACAGGUUCUUCAGAAAGAUCUUUAUAUGGGGAAGAAACUUCACAGAUUAUCAUUGCCCCUUGCCAACAUAUCUUAAAAUUGCUACUUGGGCAUACCCUAAGAAUUAUGUGGAUCUCCUUCUAGAUUCUCAGUUCUGUUCCAUUGUCUCUUUUUCUUUCUUUUUUUUUAAAUAGCAACGCUGCCAUAAUCAUCAUAGUUUUAUAGAAAAUCUCAACAUUUGGUAAUGAAAAUCUUCCAGAUUUAUUCUUCUUUGAGGUAGUUUGGUUAUUCUAGGUCCUUUAUUUCUCCACCCCUUAUCUUUCUCUCUCUCUAUUCUUUCAUUACUUUCACUAAUAAGUUUGCAAACACAGGUCCAUAUCAGUGUCACAAAACUUAGUUUCUCUUAAUUUCACAUCUUGAUUCUGCUGCUUAUUAGCAACGGGAAGUUAAUGAGCUUAUCAAAACCUCUCUCUUCCAUAAACGAGAACUUGUGUCACAGAAUUGUGGGGGGAGAACUAAAUGAGAUAGUGUAUGCAAAUAAUGACAACAACAAUGUCUGAAAAAUUGUAGGUACUCAAUUAAUGAUAACCAUGAUUAUUGUGCCGGCUAUUAUUAUGAUCAAUUUUAUUAUCUCCUAAUAGUAUUUAUUUCUUCAGGAAGAGGAAAAUUAAUGCAUUUAAUUCCUCUGAACCCAUCAUUUUAGGAAAGACACAAUGUUAGCUUCUACAUUCUUUAACACUUAUGCUGCAGGUCAGGAGUGAUACUGGGAUUAUUUAUAGAGAGCUGAAAAGGGGUAAAGAAUCAAAGGCCUUUAGAAAAAUUUGUUCCCAUUAUGAAUCCUUUGUUAAGGAAUGUUUUUAUUUUUAAUUUUUGUAGAUCUCAGUUAACUGUGGAUGAAUUGUCCAGUGGGAACCACCACCAACUUUUAAAAAUCACACCAUCGUCAGCCUGCUGGAGAAUGUCUUCUCCCAAUGUCACUGAAUCCCAUCCUCCUUCAUUCCUAUUGCUGGGGAUUCCAGGGUUGGAAGUUGCACAAAUCUGGCUUGUAUUUCUCUUCUGUGCUGUGUAUCUGAUUGCUCUUGUUGGAAAUGUUAUCAUUCUGUUUGUUAUCUGGGUUGAUCAUAGCCUUCACCAACCUAUGUUCUACUUUCUGGCCAAGCUGUCAGUGAUUGGCCUAAGUCUCUCUACUACUACCAUCUCCAAGAUGCUGGGGAUCUUCUGGUUCAGACUUCAGGAGCUGUGCUUUGGGUGAUGUGUUGCUCAAGUGUUUUUUAUCCACUUUUUUACAGUCAUGGAGAGCAUUGUACUUCUUGCCAUGGGUUUUGAUCAUUAUGUGGCUAUUUGCAACCCCCUCAGGUACAGCAUGAUUCUUACCAACAGAGUGAUUGGUGUAAUUGCUGUGAUAGUGGUACUAAGAAGCUUAUGCAUGAUUGUUCCCAUCAUUUUUCUCCUCCUGAGCCUGCCUUACUGUGGACACAGAAUCAUCCCUCAUACCUAUUGUGAGCACAUGGGAGUGGCACGUCUAGCUUGUGCCAGCAUUAAUGCCAAUGUCUACUAUGGUCUUGGAAAUAUUUCUAUCUUGUUUCUGGAUGUGCUUCUUAUCAUUGUCUCAUAUAUUAGGAUCUUAUAUGCUGUCUUCCACCUCCCUUCCCAAGAUGCCCGCCUGAAAGCUCUGAAUACCUGUAGCUCCCAUAUUUGUGUUAUCUUGGUCUUCUUUCGUCCAGCUCUCUUCUCUUUCCUCACUCACCGCUUUGGUCAUGACAUCCCCAAGUAUAUCCAUAUCCUCCUGGCUAACCUCUAUGUAGUCAUACCCCCUGCCCUCAACCCAGUCAUUUAUGGCAUCAGGACCAAGUAGAUCCAGGAAUGGGUAAAGAGUCUCUUUGUUAAAACAAGAUUGAUGAGAGGUAAUUCAUUCAAGUCAUGAAAUUAUAGGGUCUGAAAGGACUAAAAUUUAUGAUAAAAUUAAUAAAUUUCUUUCACCAAAAUUAAUUUUCUCUCUAUAUAGAUAUCUAUAGCUAUAACUAU